CAGACGUUUUUCUUAACUAUUGGCCUGUGCAACAGAGUUAUGGUCUGUGCUGGUGCAGGAACUUUUUCACGUGAUCAGUUUGUUGAUCUAUUACGAGUCUAGUUGGAUAAUUUGAGCUUCUUCCUUGCCUUGAUUACUAUCUCACCAAGCCGUUGAUAUUCAAAGUCAAGGGGUUGUUCACUUCUUUUUCCGCUGUCGCAUUUUACUUUAGCUCUUGUCCAACAAAAUGCCGGCCAUAAUAUUUUUAGGACGAUCCUGGGCAUUUGCUUCAGACGAUUUCGUGUUUUCCGCGGCGUUUGAUAUAGUGUUGCGGGUGAUAUGUGCAAUUAUUAUGGGGAUACCUUUUGCAGUGGAACACAAUUUUAAUAAAUGCCUUCCUGGAACUUUGCAAAUCGUGUUUUUCUCCUUGUUAUUUUCACUGGAGCUGAUCGUGAUACUUGUGGAUUUAACAUUGUCGCUUUUAAGCGCACGAGGUGGAAUUAUGGAUGUGUCCAAACGCUCUUGUGUGCCUUUCGUUCUACUGGGGUUUUACAUUCUAUCGUUUCUACAGUUGCCUCUUCACUGCGUGAACAUUUAUUUCGCCGUCUCCACCUACAAAUCUACGUGUUCGAAAAAUGUCAUUGGAGCUUUCGUAGCCGGAAAUGCAAUUGGACUUCUGCAUAAUGUUCAGUGUUACAUGUGGUUAGCUUCACAUUUUCGGCGAAAUGGGGCCUUUUGGAGCCGUCUGAUUCAUGAAGAUGGCCCUUUUCAGAAAGGGUUUAUCCCUCCGUAUGUCAAUUCAACUGCGAAACGCAAAGCGCAUGAGGUUUUCAGCCGCAGCGUCCUCCGAAAGUUGAAAGCGCUAAAGUCAUUCGGUCGGUCUCGCUGCAGCACUGUAGAUCAUCAGGAAACGGAUGAACAGGUUGCUUUUACUUCUGCCGCGGCACUUUUUUCAGAAUUGUUUUAUGAUGCUGACCUCGUUGCAACUGACAUUGUCGCUGGCCUCUUCCUACUACGAUGGCAGACAAACCAAUGGGUUGGUGGUGGUCAUUGCGUCCCAAUGAGCCUAAUUGAACGCGACACAAUCCCCUGUGAUGUCCCUCCUCUAUUAUCGGUGCCUUCUAUACCUCCACGGCCUCUGGAAUCUGGUGACGUGAUUUCCCCCCGAUUAUCUGAGUCUUUCGAGAUAAACUGGCUUAGUAUCCAGCGCAUUCAACGAAUGAGCCAAUUUACUUGCGGUAUCUACGGACGACUGCUCUAUCACUUGAUCUACCGCUUCGAACCGACAUCACUUUGUCGACUUUGCAAUUGGCUGAGUUCUCUCCGUAGGUCUUCCGCAUCGCAUGCAUUCACUUUGGAGUGUUGCCUUUGCUCCAAAAGGAAUUGUGAUCUGGCUGCGUUAUUGGAGCUAGCCGAGCUACACCCCGAUGACAUCAUUACAGUUGACUUUCAUAACACGUUGCAUCAAUCCCCGUUCUUUGUGGCUUUGGACGAUCGAACUCAUUGCAUUGUCGUUGUGAUCCGUGGCACUCUUUCCGUUGAGGACGUCGUCGCGGAUUUUCUUUAUGAUGCCGUUCGGCUGACUGAAAUUGAAUCCCUCGUAGAGGCAGAGAUGGGAUCAAAACCGACGUUCCUUGGACAUCGUGGGAUGGUGAACCGUGCUCGGCGGCUGCACCAGCGCCUUCUGGCGAGUGGGUGGAUCGACGUGGCAAAGCGGAAACGGCCGCACUAUCCGUUGGUUGUGUGUGGACAUAGUUUGGGUGCCGGGAUAGCGUCCUUUCUGGUUAUUCUACUCCGUCCUAUGUAUCCUGAAGUGAAAGGAUAUGCCUUCAGUUGCCCUCUGGGCACUAUGAAUUCCGAGCUAUGCGCCUACACGAAACCUUUUUUGUUAUCCAUAAUUUACGGUUUCGAUGCAAUCGCGCGGAUGAACAAGGCGACCAUGAUAGAUUUCAAAUGGCGUCUACUCGAUGCCUUGUCAGCAAGCCACAUUCCAAAGUAUCGCAUCAUCAGUCGUGGGGUCGAGCUCUGUUUACUGCGUAGCUGCUACAAAGGAUGUUCUACCUGCUUCUGUCCCACCAAAUCACCACCCAAGAUCGGAGAGGAUACCCACUUACUCAGUCCAAUCGCACAGAAUCGACUAAUCUACCCCAACCCUGAUAUACCUGCUAGGCUUCAAGAGACCUGGUACCAUUUUUCCGCGGAGGCUGGUGAUGUAGAACGCGUACAAUGGCCCAGUCGUCUGGUUCCCGGUACACGCUCAUUACUCCGAUGGAUCAGCUCCGAAAAUUCGCAACUGUUAUACACCACGUCGAACCCCCUCAGAGUUGAACCGGCUGGAUCAGCGUCCGGAUGCCACUCGUCAGACCCCGAAGGCUCCAUGGAAUUGUUGGACGGUUCUUUUGGGGGUCUAAUCCUUCAUAUAGUUGAUGUGUGUCCAAAUAAAAAUGAGCAUGGUGCACAGCGGACAGGAUCCGGUGAUCCACUCCCUCCGCUGGAUCCGAUGCAUGAACCGGACUCCUGUUGCUAUUCGCACAAGACUCCAACAGCCAAUGUGGCUGUGUGGACCACAAGUGAUCAGUUUCGAACGGUGCUCAUACAUCCACGCAUGUUCAUUGACCAUUUGCCGCACAAUGUUUUGCGGGCUAUCAACCGCGUGCACUCGGAAAUCAUCGGGGAUCCCGUGUACGCAAACCAUGGCAUUAAACCGACCGAUGUCAUUCGCAAGCUCAAGUGAUAUACUUCAGUCGCACUUACAUCCGUCCCGUUGCGGCAGAAACUUUUUAUUUUUCUUCUUCGCGGCUUUUUACCUUUGACUUACAUAUCGUAUGAUUUACCCCCUUUGUUCGGUUUUUACUCUGGAACACUGUGAUAAUUAUCUAACUGAUCUCAACAAUUUUUUCUGAAUAUUUACGAUCCAUAUCAUUUC